AUGGUCGACGUUCCGCGCAACUUCCGUUUGCUGGAGGAGCUCGAGGAGGGCCAAAAGGGCAAAGGCGACGGAAACAUCUCGUGGGGACUCGAGGACGAUAGCGAUAUGACUCUCACCAGAUGGACCGGCUCGAUUAUUGGUCCACCACGGACCCCAUACGAGUCGCGCAUCUACAAUCUGCAAAUCCAGUGUGGCGCCAACUAUCCACGAGAGCCGCCAACCGUCCGUUUCGCCACCAAAGUCCACAUGGUCGGCGUCAAUCAGAGCAAUGGAGUGAUCGAAAAGCGAAAUCUGGCGACACUUCGCAAUUGGAGCAGCAGCUAUCAGAUCAAGAACGUGCUCGAGGACAUUCGUAAGAACAUGAUGAUGGCCAAGGAGAAUCUGAAAUUGCAGCAGCCGGCCGAGGGAGCAAUGUUCUGA